AUUCCAACAUCCCCCGCUUUCUUCUGGAAGCUCUGCGCCUUGCGGGGCGCUUUGACGAGUGCGUGAUUCGCGUGGAUCUCGUCCGGCGUGGGCUCCUGCGAGGGGAUUUCUGCAACGCGUGCUUGAACGCGCGCUAUAGUGCCUGCGCGGUGUCAUCUCCGCCGCCGCCGCCGGGAGAUCCACGUGCGCUGCUUCCCGCCGGUGGCAGAGUAGUUGUUGAUGCGGCGGAAACGGCGUGGCGGAAGAUGCUGUCGGAGUCCUCAAGGAGCGUCAGCGUGACAUGAACGGGCGCGAUUUCUGGAUGGCCGUUGGAUUCCGCGAGCUGCUUCGUGGAGACGAGCACCUCGCUGGUCUUGUCGCCUUCAACCACAUCAUCUACGUCACGGUCCCCCACGAAAUCAAGGGCCAGGAUGUUCUCUGGGACAUCCACCCAAUCCAUGAGGUACAGCUUGCCGAUGAAGUAGGUGUUGCCGUUGUACUUGGUGGCCUGGAACCGGUUGAGCAGGCGCUGGACGACGCGCUCCUGCCUUCCGAGGGCAUCAGGAUCUCCAGACCUUUCUAGCUGAAUGCGUGCCAUGUUCGGAUUG